AUGGCGAGCGGCCCAGUGCUGGUGGGAAGUGCCAAGAAGGCGCUGUGGAGCUGCAGCUGGAGCCUCUGUGGGGGCCGCCAGCCCUGGCUUUCUGUUCCCACUGUGUUUGAGCUGCGCUUCAAUCAGGAGAGAGCUCCUAACUUGGCUAUGCUGGGCCUGCAGGCCUGGGGCAGCAGUGUGCUGGAGAAAGUCACCGAGAAGGAGGUGCAGCAGUGGUACAAAGGCUUCAUCAAGGACUGCCCUAGUGGGCAGCUGGAUGCAGCAGGCUUCCAGAAGAUCUACAAGCAGUUUUUCCCAUUUGGAGACCCCACCAAAUUUGCCACGUUUGUUUUCAACGUCUUUGACGAAAACAAGGAUGGGCGGAUUGAGUUCUCUGAGUUCAUCCAGGCGCUGUCGGUGACCUCACGGGGGACUCUAGACGAGAAGCUACGGUGGGCCUUCAAGCUGUACGACUUGGACAACGACGGCUACAUCACCAGGAACGAGAUGCUGGAUAUCGUGGAUGCCAUUUACCAGAUGGUGGGGAACACUGUGGAGCUCCCAGAGGAGGAGAACACGCCUGAGAAGAGGGUGGACCGGAUCUUCGCCAUGAUGGACAAGAAUGCGGAUGGGAAACUGACACUGCAGGAGUUCCAGGAAGGCUCCAAGGCGGACCCCUCCAUCGUGCAGGCACUGUCCCUCUACGACGGACUGGUAUAGUCCAGGCCCAGAGCUGGGAUGCCUGGGAACCACUCGCCUCCUCCCGUGCCAUGAGGCCACCUCAGCCAACGCCACCCCUGUGCCCACCCAGCCCUCCUCACCCACACACAGCC